AUGCUGAGGCCACUCCCCCUCCCGCCAAGCCACGCCCACCCCGCCAAGCCACGCCCCCCCUCGGGCUGCCGCGGGGCCCGGCCGAGUGUCCGGCUGUCCGUGUCCAUCCAGGUGUCCGUGUGUCCGUCCAGUGUCCGUCUGUCCGUCCAUGGCUCUGUGUCCGCAGCGCUGCGUUCCCCCGGGGGCCGUGUCCGUGUGUCCAUCCCGGGUGUCCGUGUGUCCAUCCCGGUGUCCGUCUGUCCGUCCAUGGCUCUGGCAGACCCGGAUCGCUCCGUCGUCCCCGGGGCCGUGUCCGGCCGUCCCCUCUUCUGCCGCCGGGGGGCGCUGAGGCACAAGGUGGUGCACGAGGUCAAGAGCCACCGGUUCACGGCCAGGUUCUUCAAGCAGCCGACCUUCUGCAGCCACUGCACCGACUUCAUAUGGUCAGUGACACACCUGGGCAGGUGGGACACACCUGGGGGGGUCACCUGGGUCACCUGUCACACCUGUGAGCCGUUAUUGUCACCUGUGUGUGUGUCACUGAUGUCCCCAGGUGUGUCCCAGGACCCCCGGAACAAGCACAAGUUCAAGGUUCACAGCUACAGCAGCCCCACGUUCUGCGACCACUGCGGCUCGCUGCUCUACGGCCUCGUGCACCAGGGCAUGAAAUGCUCCUGCUGUGAGAUGAACGUGCACAAGCGCUGUGUGCAGAGCGUGCCCAGCCUGUGUGGGGUCGAUCACACCGAGCGCCGCGGGCGCCUCCAGAUCCGCAUCCAGGCCCUGCCCGGGGAGCAGCUCCACCUGCUGAACCAGGAGGAGGGCGAAUAUUACAACGUCCCCGUGGCCGACACCGACGACUGCGGCCUCCGGCCCAAAUUCGAGGCCUGCAAUUACCCCCUGGAGCUGUACGAGGACCGCCUGUAUUUCGUGAUGGAGUACGUGACGGGCGGGGACCUCAUGUACCACAUCCAGCAGCUCGGCAAGUUCAGGGAGCCUCACGCGGCGUUUUACGCGGCCGAGAUCGCCAUCGGGCUCUUCUUCCUGCACAACCAAGGCAUCAUCUACAGCCAGAUCAUCGCUUCCCAGCCCUAUGGCAAAUCCGUGGACUGGUGGUCGUUCGGUGUCCUGCUCUACGAGAUGCUGGCAGGGCAGCCCCCGUUUGAUGGUGAGGAUGAGGAUGAGCUGUUCCAGUCCAUCCUGGAGCACACGGUGACCUACCCCAAAGCCCUGAGCCGAGAGGCCGUGGCCAUCUGCAAAGGGUUCCUGACCAAGCACCCCGGGAAGCGGCUGGGGGCGGGCCCGGGGGGGGAGCAGGAAAUCCGGGCUCAUCCCUUUUUCCGCCGCACGGAUUGGGAGCGCCUGGAGCGCCUGGAGGUGCCGCCCCCCUUCACCCCCCGCCCGUGCGGUCGGAACGGGGAGAAUUUCGAUAAAUUUUUCACGCGGGCCCCGCCCGCGCUCACCCCCCCGGACGCGUUGGUUCUGGCCGGGCUGGACCAAGCCGAGUUCGAGGGGUUCAGCUUCACCAACCCCGACUUCCCGCAGCCCCCGGGCUCCCUCGUCUGA